AUGAAAUUUCUAUCCCAGUCCAGGUGGUUCCUACGCUGCUGUCUAGUAGGAGAGAUUGUCCCCUUUGCCACUGCAGAAAUAGGAUCAUGCUCCGAAACCGAAGAAUGCCAGACCGGCUGCUGCUCCAAGGCUGGCUACUGUGGUUUUGGUCCUGAUUUCUGCGGCGAUGAUGUCUGCAUCUCGAACUGCGAUGCAGUAGCUGAAUGUGGUGCGGAGCCUGGUGCCAAGUGUCCUUUGAAUGUGUGCUGUUCUCAAUAUGGAUUCUGUGGCACGACUGAUGAGUUCUGCGGCACAGGCUGCCAGAGUGUUCUUGCUCUGGAACGUCGAGCAGUGCAGUCUACAUCGGGUAUUAUGAGGGCUGGAAAUCCUGAACGCCCGUGUGACGUUGUUCUCCCUGAGAACAUCAAUGUCAAGCCUUGGACACAUCUUUACUACUCAUUCGCCGGAAUUGAUCCUUCCGACUUCACAAUAACUACUACGCACGAUAACGACGCAGACUAUUGGGAGAAGUUUACCGCUCUGAAGCAGAAAAAGUCCACUCUGAAAACAUACAUCUCCGUGGGAGGAUGGGACCUUGGAGGCAAGGUUUUCUCCGAUAUGGUACGGUUUCCGGGAUCACGGAGAGCCUUCAUUGACUCUGCCAUUGCCAUGAUGAACAAAUAUGGUUUUGACGGCAUCGACAUCGAUUGGGAGUAUCCCGCGGCAGAAGAUCGCGGUGGCGCGGCAAGGGACACUGCAAACCUCGUCACUUUUCUUUCGGAGCUCCGUGAUGCUUUGGGUUCACGCUUCGGACUCACUUGCACUUUACCAUCGUCGUACUGGUACCUGAAGGGUUUUGAUAUUGUCGGCAUGGCAGAAUAUGUGGAUUACUUCGCUAUGAUGGCAUACGAUAUCCACGGCACUUGGGACGGUAACAGCGAAUGGACGGAUUCUGUAAUCAACCCACACACAAACAUUACAGAAAUAUCCGCUGGGCUUGAUCUUCUGUGGCGUAACAAUAUUGACCCUGCCAAAGUUCUGCUCGGGCUGGGCUUUUAUGGCAGAUCGUUCACAUUGGAGGACUCUUCCUGCAACACCCCCGGAUGCGCAUUUAGCACCACCAGCGGUUCGGGAGGUGCCAGGGCUGGUGAAUGUACAGGAACGAGCGGUAUUCUCUCUGACUACGAGAUUAGCCGCAUUAUAGAUGACUACUCAGUCAAUGUGCACUAUGAUGAAGCUGCCGGCGUCAAUUGGAUGACCUGGAGUGGUGAUCAAUGGGUCUCUUUUGACAAUGGCAGAACACUCAAGCAGAAGGCCGAUUUCGCGAAUAGCAAAUGCCUUGGCGGCCUUUUCAGUUGGGCGCUUGAUCUUGGAGGCCCUGGCUCUUUGGCCAAUCCUAACGAUCUAAGCUACGACGAUACAAGCAUGGAGGGUGCCAAUGCAGGCGGAGGCAGCGAUGGAACCGGCCUUUUCUAUGUCGGCCAGGAGAUCUUCGACGAAGGUCAGAACACCGUGACUGCUGUGGCCCCGGUCAGCGUCAUCUUUCCGAAGUCCGUUCUCGGAUCGCCGACAACCAUUGAUUUCGGCGCUGGGUAUCCAACUUCAUUGGAGGUCGCAGCUUCCACCACAGCUACUGUCGUACGCGGAACGGUCACAAGUGUCACAACCGCUGUGACGAGGUAUAUUGUGGAGACAACUAUUCCCCUAAAGCAGCUUGUUACCGGCACCAUCAAUUACUACAACUGGAAUAUCACCGGAGGUAUCAAAUCCACCAAGACGCCCUUGGUUCCGAGCAUUGAAAUACCUCCAGCCAUAGUGACGGACAAUCCUAAUCCAAUGAAUGAGACGGGCGUUUAUCACACCCCUCUGGUCACUCGCACAGUGAGCAUUCCUCCGUGGCCAUGGACUACGGAUGAUAUGAAGUUCCCAACAGUGACCUUCUUGGAAGGUGAUCCUCCUGGCCCCUCUUGCACUGCCAACUGCGGUCACAAAAACUACAGCUUCUGUGACGGACGUUGUCUAGUUGAUUGCGGCAAGGAGAGCUCUUCGAGUUUCAUAGACCCGCUGGAUCCUGAGCCACCUACCGUUGAAAAAUGCUCAGGACCUGGGUGUGUUAACGGAGAAUGUGACGUUAACAGCCUGCGCAUUGAAAAAGGCUGUGAAGGAGAUGAUUGUAAAAAUCGGGUCUGCAUCGGCGACGACUGCACUCCCACGGGCUGCACAGGGGAUGAUUGUACCGACGGUCAUUGCUCGGGUAGCGACUGUCAGGACCACGGUUGCAUCGGGCCCGAUUGUGACAGCAGUGGUUCAGGAAGAUGCUUUGGUCUACAGUGUCUCUCGUGGGGUUGUAUCGGGCUCGACUGCUCGUCGAUCGAUUUCACCUGCACUGGUUCUUGCUGCCGCAUCGUGACAUGCUCCGGACGCGAUUGUGUCAAUGGAAUCUGCACAGGUCAAGAUUGCAGAUCGGAAGACAACGACUGUGAAGCAGAAAAGGCUGAUUCCUGCACCGAUUGGAUAUCUAGUACACUGGUCACGCCCGCCUCGACCUACUCCACCACCACGAUAACGACCCGCUGUGAUACAAUUACUGCGUGUUCUGCUAAAGCUACGACCACCACUAGCACCGUGGACGAAGAUGGACUAAUUGAGGGCACCAUCACCGACUUCCAAUGGGCAACGACCUCCGACGAUGCGGAUCUGACCAGCUACCUCGAGUCCGACUAUUCUUCCUUCUGGUCGGCCUUUGAUUCUACCAGCACCACUACAACUACAACGACCAAACCUACAACAACGACAACAACCACCUCAUCGCGUCCGACAGAGACCAGCUACGAUUGUAAAGGCUCAAUUAGAUGUGGAUCGUUUGCCAACCUUCACAGCUUCUGUAAUAUGGCAAAGGGCUUCCUAACUGAGGACACUUUAUACGGGUAA